CUCGAUUUUAGGUUUUCGUCAUGUUCAAGUUGCUGCUCUGCUGUCUUUUGCUGGCCGCCGGUGGCGGAUGGGCUUUUAAUCAUGGCCAGGACUUGGUGGACUUCAAUGCCUAUGCGACAACCUUUGACAAGUCGUAUGUGUCAACUUCGGCUCGCAACUUUGCCAACUACUAUUUCAUUUAUAACCGCAACCAGGUGGCCCAGCACAAUGCUCAGGCGGAUCGGAAUAGGAGCAGCUACCGCGAGGCAGUCAAUCAGUUUUCAGACAUACGCCUCAUCCAGUUCGCGGCCCUUCUGCCCAAGGCUGUGCCCCUGACCACCUCGCAGGCCAGUGAUCCCCCGACCACGCAGGUGGCAUCGAGCUCCUACGACAUCAUUUCCGACUUUGGACUCACCGUGAUGGUUGAGGAUCAGGGACAGAACUGCAGCAGUAGCUGGGCCUAUGCCGCGGCCAAGGCCGUCGAGAUUCUAAAUGCCGUCCAGUCGGCCAAUACUGCCCCUGCCUCACUCUCCGCCCAGCAGCUCAUCGAUUGUGCGGGCAUGGGCACCGGCUGCACCACCCAAGAGCCGCAGGCAGCCCUAGACUAUCUCACCCAGCUAACGGACUCGUAUCUGUACCCGGAGGCGGACUAUCGGAACGACAAUAUCUCCAAGACACCGGGCAUGUGCCAGCCUUCAUCCUCGGUGGCCGUGGGCGUGAGAUUGGCCAACUACUCUGCGGUGGCCGAUGGCGACGAUGACGCUGUCAUGAAUUACGUGUCCAAUGGAUUCCCUGUGAUCGUGGAAUAUAAUCCGGCGACCUUCGGGUUCAUGCAGUACUCCAGCGGUGUGUACGUGCAGGAUACGAGUGCCCUGACCAACCCGAGGAGCUCGCAGUUUCUUGUCGUCGUGGGCUACGAUCACGACACAGAGACCAAUUUGGACUACUGGCGGUGCCUGAACUCCUUCGGAAGGAGGUGGGGCGAAGACGGCUACAUCAGGAUUGUGCGAAGGGCCAACCAGCCCAUUGCCAAGAAUGCCAUAUUUCCCAGUGUCCUGGCCUAAAAGGAAUGGCGUCUUUUUACUGUAAUUUCAGCGAAACGAAUCUUAGUUUAGAAAUAAAGUGUACCUUUUCACUACCAUUAA